AUGGAGACUAAGCAGGGAGAAAUGGAGACGGUGGCCAGCGGGCUCCCCCUCCCCAUCCCCGAAGGUCCCUUCUUUGAUGUUCUCUCGCGCCUCUCCAUCAAGGAUCUCCACCGAUCCACAGCCUUGUCCAGAGAAUGGCGCGACGUCUUCAUCAACUUUCCGGACAGCCGUAAGAAUCUCCCCCAAACCCUACAAGGGUUUUUCUACAUCGGCUACGACUACAAGAGGCACGUCCACGGCGGCGGCAACGAUGGAGACAGUGAUGAUGAGGGAGACGGUGCCUGUGGAGACGACGACGGUGGAGACGGCAGCGGCACGGACGAAGAUGGAGACGGCAGCGGUAACAGCAACGGCAACAGCAGUGGCGGCAGCGACAGGGACGAGGAUGAAGAUGGCAGCGGUAAUAGAGAUGGCAGCAGCUAUUAUGGCGGUCACGUCGGCAACAGGGAUGACGGCGGUAACUAUGGUUUUCAUUUCUUGGACCUGUUGGCUAAAUCCAUGCCUGUCCCAGAUGACACGGACACAGAACUUUCCUUCGUGCCGGACCAUGUCGGCAUCAUGGAUCUCUUGUGUUCAUGCAACGGGCUUCUCCUCUUUGGGUGCACAGAGGGUUCAGAAAACUAUCACUCGCUGGGCUACAUCGUGUGCAACCCCGCCACCAAGCAAUGGGUCACGGUCCCCAGCUCUGGCUGGGUUGUUCCGGACGACGAAGAGCGCGAUGAGGAAUUCGAGAGCACUUUUCUGUUCUUCGACCCGGCCGUGCCCUCACGCUACCUCUUGAUCCAGUUCUGGCAUGAUGAGGAUGGUUUUCUCAAUUUCAGUGGAGAUGAAGGGGUUGUGCACAUCUACUCGUCCGAGACCGGGGAAUGGAGCAACAGAUCGAGCGAAUGGAAGCAGUUUGCAAAGGAAGGCGAACAGGACAAUCGAUAUCUAGUCACGGUAAAAUCCCGGUUGGGCAGUUGCUUUCUGAAUGGCAUGCUGCAUUUCUUGGUCGAACGCAGCAGGCCAAAUAAGAAUGAUGAUGUGCUCAUAGUUGCUGUGGAUGGGGAAGGGAGAAUAUGUAGGGUCAUACACUGGAAGCUGGACAUGUUCACCGAAGCUGUUUUUAUUGGUCAGUCCCAAGGGCGCCUGCAUUGCAUUAGUGCGUAUUUUAUAGAUAAAGAUAAAGACUGGAGGGACAGAAUGAUAAUGCACGUUCAUGUUCUUCAGGAUUAUGAUGCUGAAAAUUGGAUAAAGAAGUUCGGCAUUUGGGGCGGUGAGCUGUCUGGAAGAGAGGAAUGCAGAAUAGAGGACUAUGAAGUGGUUGCCAUUCAUCCGGACGGGAAUUUCGUCUACUUUGUUGACCACAGGAAAGGGGAACUCAUACAGCACCACAUGAGUAGACAGUACGAAAAGGUUUUGCGCCUCUGCACUCUCGGGCACAACUACAGAGCCGUAACUCCAUACGUCCCCUGUUUCUCCAGGUCAUCAGCACUGGAGACAGACGAGGCUCUCCAGAAAACCCUGUGUGAAUUUGAUCUCGAUGGAUUAUGGAGUCGUUAG